AUGUUUACAACAUACACACAACAAGUUUUUGAAAAUAAUCAUUGUAAAGAUGUUAAUAUUGUAACGGAAACACCUGAACAACAACUAAUUGAUAAAUACAAUUUAACGAAAUGUAUUGAAUGGAUAAAUGAAAAUAAUUUCAAAAGGACCUGCCUUCAAUUUCCAAACGAUUUACUUAAUGACGGAACGUCUAUUGCAUUAUAUUUACAAAAAACAUUUGAUAGAACUUUUUACAUUUUGGGUGAUACGUCAUAUGGAAGUUGUUGCGUAGACGAAGUCGCAUCAGAACACGUUAAUGGAGAUUCAAUCAUACAUUUUGGUCAUGCUUGUUUAAGUCCUGUCAUAAAGCUACCAGUUUUUUACAUUUUCCCAAAGGAAAAUUUAAACUUGGAUUUAUUCUGUCGAUGCCUUGAUGAGGAUUUCGAAUGUGAUCAUCAGGAAAUUAUCAUUUUUUAUGAUGAUUCAUAUCAUCAUUUAUACGAGAAGAUGAAGAGUACAUUGAAACAUAAACCUAAUGUAUUUGUAUCGAAAUUAAAUUUAUCGACAGCAUCAUGCGAUUCAAAUAACGAUGAAAAUAGAAUUAUAUGUGGAAGAAUAUUUAAAUGUCAAUCGAAUGAAACAACAUGUGCAAUAUUUUUAGGAAAAGAAUGUGUCACAUUAGAAAAUUUAGUUUUGAGUUUACCCGAAUUCGAUUGGUUUUUAUACAAUGACGAAUCCUCGAAUAUAAUUAAAUAUCAAAUGAACAGAAAUAAAUUUUUAAUGAAAAGAAUACAUUUGGUUGAAAAAAUAAAAGAAUCCAAAACGAUUGGUAUACUCAUUGGAACAUUAGGAAUAAAAAAUUAUUUGCAAGCAAUCGAUAGAAUAAAAAAAUUAAUUUUAAAAAAAGGGAAAAAAUGUUACAAGUUAGCCGUUGGAAAACCAAACGUUGCCAAAUUGGCAAAUUUUCCGGAAAUUGAUGUUUUCGUUUUCAUAUCGUGUCAAGAAAAUUUAUUGCUCAAAGAUUUCAAAGGUUAUUAUAAACCCAUCGUUUCGAUGAUCGAGAUUGAAAUGGCUUUGGGAGAACGUCCCUACGGCGUAGAAUACACUUCCGAUUUUAGACAACUACUUCCGGGUGGUUGUUUUUAUAAAGAAAUAAAUUUAGAAAAAGAUGGCGGCGACGAGAACGACAAGAACGACGGGGUCACGGAUGAAAAACAAAAAAAUUCACGGGAUUUACUUGAAAAAAACCCGGGAACGAUGUACGCUUCUUCGUUAUCGGGAGCCGAAUAUUUGAUGAACAGGACGUGGAAAGGUCUGGAACAAAAAAUAGGAGAAACGGAAGUUUGCAAAGCGGUCAAAGGAAGGAGUGGAAUUCCCCAGGGUUACGAUCACGAAUUGGAUACUCUUAACCGUGAUAAAUGA